UUUGUGCAACAGUCUGCUUGGCUUUUUGUGAACGCUGCAUCAUGGUGAAUGUGGACUGCAUCUGGGGUCUCUGCCUGUUCCUGUCUCUGAGUUUAGGAUGGACCCGGGCUCAGCAGAGCAACUACACCAGGCCUGUGUUCCACUGUGGGGGGGACCUGGUCUCAGACUCAGGCUUUGUUGGCAGUGAGGGGUUCCCAAGCUUUUACAAACCCAACAGUAAAUGUACCUGGCGUAUCACCGUCCCAGAGGGAACUGUAGUCAUGCUCACUUUCCGAAUAUUUGACCUGGAGGCUGAUUCUCAAUGUCGCUACGACUAUCUGGAUGUCUACAAUGGCCAGUCCAACCUGGUGCAAAAACUAGGCCGCUUUUGUGGAACUUUCCGUCCUGGCGCUCUUAUUUCCACCACAAACAACAUGAUGCUAGAGAUGGGGUCUGAUGAGGCGACGCAGGGCAGAGGGUUUGUGGCCUACUUCAGUGGAGCCAAACCAUAUGUAGAUGACCAUCAGUUCUGUGGGGGGAAGAUAACGAAGGCCAAGGGAGAGAUCAAGACGCCCAACUGGCCCAACAGCAAGUACCCUGCAGGGACCAGCUGCUCCUGGCUCAUCACUGUGGAGCCUGACAUGGUAAUCCAGGUUACGUUUGGUAAGUUUGUCCUGGAGGGUGAUUCCUAUUGUCGGUUUGACUAUGUGGCCUUCUUUAACGGUGGAGAGAAAGAUGAUUCACGGCUGAUCGGGAAAUACUGUGGAGAUCGGGCCCCACAGCCCAUCAUCACCAGCAGCAAUGUGCUACUGGUUCAAUUUGUGUCUGACCAAAGUGUGACAUCGGAUGGAUUCUUUGCUGAAUACACCAGCGUCCCACCUGGUACUCAGGUACCAACAUCCGACUCAGGAGCGGGCACCAGGUCCAUCCCCCCAAAACCUGCUGUAAAACCGGCUGCACCUGUCGCUACGGCACCACCACCCAAAUAUGUGCCCACAGAGGCAACCAAACCAGUGAAGCCCACGAGGGGCCGUGGAGAAGGCAACAGAGGGGUCCCUGUCACAAGACCAAAUGGAAAGAGGCCUGUCCCUCAAAACCCUGUCUGUGCCAAAGCCUGCAAGAGAGAAGGAACCAUCAAGACCAGUUUCUGUGCAAGUGAAUUUUUGAUAACUGGGAAGGUGACCUCUCUGGCCCCGGGGCCCCGAAGGACUCUUGUGGUCACAAUCUCCCUCACUAAGGCCUACAAAGCAGGUCGACUGAUAAUCACACAAGUGGGAGAAACCAUGUCGGUUAAACUGGUGUCCCAGUGCAAGAAGUGCCCAUUGCUCCGCAAAGGUGGCAGCUACAUUAUCAUGGGUCAAGUGGAUGGAGAAGGACGUGGUACCCUGGAACCCGGCGCAUUCACAGCUCCAUACAAAGCCUCACAUCACAGACUAUUAAUGAAUAUCAACAACCAACCAUGUUAACCUCACCCACAUGUGGAGGCUGGGGAUUCAGAUGACAUGUCAAACACCAGACAUUACAAUGUGAAAUACAGAUCAACUAAAGCACAGUAUUACUGAUACACAUAACUACAGUUUGUAUCCACCAUUUUAAAAGAAUACACAUUUGUUUUGUAUGCAAACACCUGCCACACCUAACCUACCUUGGUAAAUUCUAUGAAUAAAGGUUUUUAUAUAUCUUUCAAA